AUGAGAGAUGGUGAAGGAAGAUAUUGCUUUGUUAUUGGCUUCCUAUCAACAUGCCAUUUUAUCCUUACUGUUAAGAUUCAGGCCAACACAGGCAAACAACCGGCGAUCCAGUUCAUCCAGGGCACGGACGAGCAGACGAUCCCGGACGUGCGGCUGACCAAGUCCCGGGACGGCACGAACGGCGUGGCCAUCUUCACGUUCGAGCAGCCGUCGGUGUUCGACUCGUCGGCGGAGCUCGGGGACAUCACGGGCUUCUACAUGAUCGACGACGAGGGCGUGCUGCAGUCCGUGGACGUGAGCGCCAAGUUCGUCAACGGCAAGCCGGCGCGGAUCGAGGCCAAGUACGUCAUGCGCACGCCCCGGGACUGGGACCGCUUCAUGCGCUUCAUGGAGCGGUACUCUCAGGCCAACGGCCUCCAGUUCGUCAAGAACUGACGAGCCGGCUUUGAGAUCGAUUGCCUGCCUGCUGCGCUACGUUCUGCUUGCUUGCUAGUGUUCUUUUUUUUUUCUUUCCUUUCUCCCCUGUGCUGCGCCCCUGGUGUUGUGAUUGUGACCUGCUGUGUGCUUGUGAGUGAUUUUUUUUUUUUGUAGAGAAAAGAAAGAAAUAUGGGAGGUUUGUUUUGCUCUGAACGUUCAUAUGCCUGGCAGGAUCGGACUAUUAAUUCUCGAUCGGACUCGGA